GCAGCCCCCAUGGCCCCCAAGGCGGAGGCAAAGCCCAAAUGCAAGAUUUCAGCCUCCCGCAAGCUGUCAUUGAAGAUCCUCUUGCUGACUCGUGCAACAGAACAGCUGGAGGCAGAGAAGGCUGCAAGAGAGGAGGAGAAGGUCCGCUACCUGGGAGAGAAGCUUCCACCACUGCAGCUCGUUGGCUUAGACAUGGAUGACCUGCAUAAACUCUGUAAGCAGAUUCAUGAAAAGAUUGAUAUAGUGGAUGAGGAGCGGUACGACUGUGAGGCCAAAGUCAUCAAGAACAACAGAGAUAUCCACGAAUUGAACCUAAAGGUGCAGGACCUCGGAGGGAAGUUCAAGAAGCCCGCUCUGAGGAAGGUGAGAGUGUCGGCAGAUGAGAUGCUGAAAGCUCUCUUUGGAUCCAAAAACAAGGGCUCCAUGGACCUGAGGGCAAACCUCAAAUCUGUGAAGAAAGAGGACAUCAAACAAGAGAAGGAGCUGAACUUGGAGGUGGGUGACUGGCGAAAGAACGUUGAGGCCAUGUCUGGUAUGGAGGGCAGGAAGAAGAUGUUCGAUGCAUGAUGAUAGAGAGUAAGAAUCAAAUGGAAAUUGGUAUAAUA